AUUAUGAAUAUCCGCAAUGCCCGUCCGGGCGACCUGAUGAACAUGCAGCACUGCAACCUCCUCUGCCUGCCCGAGAACUACCAGAUGAAGUACUACUUCUACCACGGCCUGUCCUGGCCGCAGCUCUCCUACAUCGCCGAGGACGAGGACGGCAAGGUCGUGGGCUACGUCCUGGCCAAAAUGGAGGAGGACCCUCACGACGUCGCCCACGGGCACAUCACCUCGCUGGCCGUGAAACGCUCGCACCGGCGCCUCGGCCUGGCCCGGAAGCUCAUGGACCAGGCCUCGCGGGCCAUGGUGGAGAACUUCGGGGCCAAGUACGUGUCCUUGCACGUGAGGAAGAGUAACCGGGCGGCCUUGCACCUCUACUCCCACACCCUCAACUUCCAGGUCAAUGAGGUGGAGCCCAGGUACUACGCGGACGGGGAAGACGCGUACGCCAUGAGGCGCGAUCUGUCGCAGAUGGCAGCAUUGUAGGUACUUGUAUCAGCCACAUCUGCUUCCUGAUCCUGGCCUGGCCUGGCUGCUCUGCAACAUCUGCUCUCCGAUCAUCUCACAGUGACCCAGGUGGCGUCUCAUUUUCAGCUCUCAACAGCUUUCCACAUACCCUGGGGGAUCGUGAAAAAAUGCCUUGACACCAGAGCCUGCUGUGCAAGGGCCAGGAAGGCUGGAGGCCUGCCCUUACAGAUCCUUGGUCUGUCUGCGUAGACUGUUUGUAACAAUCCUACGUUAGUUGUGGUUUUCCUGCAAGGUUGUCUCCUAGAUA